AUGUUAUUUGAUCAAAAGAAAACAGAUGAAAUAAAGCUUAAUCCCAGAUAUCAAAAUCUUUUAAAAUGGGGAUUAGAUAAUGGUGUGAUUAUUAAAGAUGUUGAUCUACCAGCAGCCUUUGGAGAACUUACAGGUGUUGUUGCUAUUAAGGAUAUUCCUGCAAAUACUGUAUUUUGAUAUUUUUAUAAAUUUAAGGCAAUCAUCUGUGUGCCUUAAACAUUGAUUAUAUCUUAAGAAAAAUGUAAAUAAAGUUCAUUAUCUAUUGUUUACGAUAAGCAUCCUGAACUAUUUGAUGAAAAUGAGAUUUCUGAUGCUGAAUUUAAUAUCCUAAGUAACUAUUUUAAUUAAUUGUAUAGUUUUCUAUUUGUUCAAUGAAAAGAAAAAGGGUGAAUAAUCAUUUUAUCAUCCAUACAUAUAAGCUAUUUAAUCAAAUAACACUUUAAUUGAUUGGACAAAAGAAGAACUUAGAUACAUUGAAGAUCCUAUAAUACUAGAUGAAUUUGCUAUUGUAAGAGAGGAUUUAAAUGACUUAUGGAAUUAAGCAAAAGAUAUAUUUAAUGAAUUUAUUUCAAUCUUUGGAGAUAUACGUCCAACAGAUAAAUAAGAUUUUUAUUGGGCUGCUUAAAGUGUUAUGAGUAGAUGUUUUGGUUGGUCUUUGAAAUCUACAAGUAUGAUUCCUAUUGCUGAUUUUCUUAAUCAUUCUAAUAAGGCAUGUACUCAUUAUUUGGUUCAUUCUAAAAUUGAGAAUUUAGAAUAAGAAAGACUUUAAGCUAAAAAGAAUAGAAGGAAUGAACAGAAUUAUGAUAGUGAUCUUGAAAAUAUUGAAAAUAUGGAAGAUUCUUUUAUAAGAUUAUUGGAAGAAUAAUAUAAAUUUAAGGGAAAUAAAAUCAAUUUAAGUAUUCUUAAGAUACAAUAAGAUGAAUCUUAGAUAAAAUAAUAUGAAGAUUAAAAAUAGACUUAUAUAUUAUAACAUUAACAUUAUUUAACUGAAAAUCAAUUAAAAGAUAUUAAUAAUUUGGAUAAUUUAUCAAAUGUAGAUAAAAGAGCUAUGAUUAAUUGGAUCAAUUAUGAACAAAUGAUUUAAAAUCCAGAAGUCAAUCUUUGGGAUUUAGGAUUCCUUACAUCCUCAGAUAGUGAAGAUAAUGAUUCUGAUGAAGAAGUAGAAAUAGCCAGAAAUAAGCAGUUUGAAUCUGUAAAAAUAAAGGAAUUAACUGAUUGGAAGAUGAAAUUUGAAGAAAAGAAAAAAUAGAGAAAUGGAAAUAGUCUAUAAGAUAUUAAUAUAGAAUAAUAAAAAAUAGAACUUAAUUAAGAAUCAAAUAAUGAAUAUAGCAUUAGAGAUAUAUAAAGUUAAAUAGAUAGUGAAAGCAUAUUAACAAUUUGUUUAAAUAAUGGUAUUUUAUUUGAAAUCUAAUAUUAGAAACGAAGAACUUAGUAACCAUAAAAGGUUUGCCUCCACAAUAGAUCUAAGCUAUGAAAUAGAGACAGUAAUAAAUGAUAGAGAAUAAAAAAUAGAAACAAUAAAUUUAAUCAUAUAUCUAAGAAUAACAAUAAAUUUAGGAUAAAGAAAGUGAAAGUGAUAGUAGUGAAGAGUCCAGAUGGGAUUGGCUUGAAGAGAAUGAUAAAGAUGCAUAUUUUUGUAUUACAACUACAGAACCAAUAAAGAAAGGUGAAUAAGUUACAGUAUCUUAUGGAAGAAGAACUAAUAGAUUCUUACUUAGCUGGUAUGGAUUUACUUUAGCUGAAAAUAAAUACAGUUCUUUUAAUUUUAGAGUAAUAAGUUGAUUCUAACAAAGUUAUGGUUGAAUACAGAAAUUAGUAAAGAAAAGAUGUAAAGUUAGAAAUAGAUAUUUGAUACAAUUACUAUAAAUAAAUUAAUUUGUUCAGAAGAAUGGGAUACAGGUACAAUAAAAUAUAAUGGAUAUGAAAUACCUAUUUCAUCAAUUACAAAAGAAUUCAGAAUUAAAAAAAACAAAUUGAAUAUGGAUUUACUUAUGUAUUUGAGGUUGUAUCUUAUGCUUUAUCAAGUUUAAGAAAAGGAUGUAUUAAUUACUAUCCCAGUAUCAAUUGAUUAUGAAGUAUUUGUGAUGCAGUUUUGUAUAUAAUUAUUAUAGCAUUAUCUUAAUUCCUACUCUUAGGGAUUAGAUUAAGAUAUUAAAGAAUUAGAUACAUAAAUAUCAUUCUCAAGAAGAUUUGCUGUACAUAAUAUAUUUAAUUAUAGAUCCAUAUAAAUAGAGAACGCAAAGAAAUUCUUAUAAAUUAAAUUAUGAUUCUAUUGGAAGCUAUAAUUAUAUUAAAAAAAUAUAAGGAAAACAAUGAUUUGAAACAAACAUAUAUAUCAGAGAUUCAUAAUAAUGUUUAUUAAAAGAUGGAAAUUUUACGAGGCUUAAAAGUAUAUCUCAAAUCAAUUAAUGAAUUUCUUUGA